AUGAAGGGCUUCUUCUCCCUUGCGGCGGUCCUGUCGCUGGCCGUCGGCGACGUCUCGGCCCACUACAUCUUCCAGCAGUUCACCGCCGGCGGCACCAAGUUCCCCACCUACCAGCACAUCCGGAAGAACACCAACUACAACUCACCCGUGACGUCGCUGAGCUCCCCAGACCUGAGGUGCAACGAGGGCGGCCUCAACGGCGGCUCCACCAGCAUCGUCGACAUCAAGGCCGGCGACUCGUUCACCUUUAGCCUCGAUACUCCCGUCUACCACCAAGGCCCGAUCUCGGUCUACAUGUCCAAGGCUCCUGGAAGCGUGUCCUCGUACCAGGGAGACGGUGACUGGUUCAAGACCCAGGAUUGGGGCCCGACCUUCAACGGCGGCCAGUCCUCGUGGCCCAUGACGGGCUCCUACACGAGCACGAUCCCGCGCUGCAUCCCCAACGGCGAAUACCUGCUGCGUAUCCAGUCGCUGGCCAUCCACAACCCCGGCGGCGUGCCCCAGUUCUACAUCUCUUGCGCCCAAAUCCGCGUCUCGGGUGGAGGCAGCAAGGCGGCGACCAACACUGUCAAGAUCCCGGGCUUCAUCAAGGGUAACGAGCCGGGUUACACUGCCAACAUCUACAACAACUUCAAAUCCUACACCAUCCCGGGCCCCAGCGUCUUUACUUGUUAG